UCCAAAAUCAUGGCUAGUGCGAGUUUGGGUCAUGCAGAAAGGGCCUUUAUUUUACACGGAAUUCAGGACAAUUUGAGAUUGGAUGGUAGAGGAUGUGAAGAUUACAGAUGUAUGGAAUUGGAGACAGAUGUUGUUUCAAACACAAAUGGAUCUGCUAGAUUAAAACUGUUGAACACAGACAUCCUUGUGGGUAUCAAGGCAGACAUUGGUGUGCCAUCUCCAGAAAGACCACAUGAGGGCAAACUGGAAUUCUUUCUUGAUUGUUCAGCGAAUGCCACACCAGAAUUUGAGGGUCGUGGUGGUGAGACGCUGGCCACUGAAAUCACCAGUGUACUAAUGCGAGCUUAUGAGAGUUCUGAUGUUCUCGAUCUGAAAUCUCUGUGUAUUAUACCCGGGGAACAGUGCUGGGUGCUCUAUAUUGAUGUGGUGCUUUUGGAAUGUGGUGGAAACCUCUUCGAUGCGUCUUCCAUCGCAGUCAAAGCUGCAAUUUUCAACACAAAAAUUCCAACAGUGACUGUGAGUCGGGGAGAAGGAAAUGAAACCGAGUUAGAGAUUUCUGACGACCCAUACGACUGCAAGAGGCUGGAUGUUCAAAAUUCUCCCUGUGUUGUCACAAUUAGCAAGAUUGGACAUUCCCAGAUAGUCGAUGCCACCAUGGAGGAGGAGGCGUGUUGCUUAGCAACGCUAAUGAUGGGUGUGACUGAAAAAGGGAGAGUGACAGCUUUGAAGAAGGCUGGCAGCGGCAGUCUGGACCCCGAGAGUCUACUUGAAAUGAUGGAGUCAGGGAAGCGUGUCGGACAACAUCUUAAUGAAAAGCUUCAUGAAGUGUUGGCAGCCGAUGAAAAACUUGGCCCAAGCAAGCGAAGAGUGGGAUUCUUAGGGAGAUAACAUCGGAUGAACGUUUGUCUGUAAAUAUCAUGCAAUAAA